AUCGUGCUCUAGUGUGCGCAUGCGCUGUAAGGACGGAAGUGAGUGUGACACAAGCACUGUAAAGGCCGGGUUUUUUGUUGCGUUGGGAAUGGCCGCUGCAAUGGAUGUGGAUGUUCCAAGUGGAGCUAAUAGCAGUGCUGGGAAAAAGCGGUUUGAGGUGAAAAAGUGGAAUGCAGUUGCUCUUUGGGCUUGGGACAUCGUAGUUGAUAACUGUGCGAUCUGCAGAAACCAUAUUAUGGACCUGUGUAUAGAAUGUCAAGCUAAUCAAGCAUCGGCCACCUCUGAAGAAUGUACUGUGGCAUGGGGAGUAUGCAAUCAUGCAUUCCACUUUCAUUGCAUUUCCCGUUGGUUGAAGACUCGACAAGUUUGUCCACUUGAUAACAGAGAAUGGGAAUUUCAAAAGUAA